GAAACCACCGUCUCUGAGAAGUGUGUCAACUACCACAAUAAACACUCUCCCUAAUAAAUACAUUUCUAUCAAAGAGUCAUUUUCCCUUUCUAUUAACUCCAACUCCAAACCAAAUAAAUAUCAAUUCCCACUUCAGGAUCGCUUCUACUGCACUCAUUCUUUCUUUCUUUUUUAUUUGAUUUGUUUAACCAUCACACCAAAACCUAAUCACAAAUCAAACUAUUAGUAUUGUAAUAUUCGAUAUCUCUUGCAUUUUUGUAGUUUUAUGCUUUAAACUCUAGGGUUUGUUCAAACAGCUGAGAUAUGGAAGUACUGGAGCAAACGAGACUGGAGAGUCGAGCCAUGACGUUCGAUGAGGUGUCCAUGGAGCGUAGUAAAAGCUUCGUCAAAGCUUUGCAGGAGCUCAAGAACUUAAGACCUCAACUUUAUUCAGCUGCAGAAUAUUGUGAAAAGUCUUAUUUCCAUAGUGAGCAGAAACAGAUGGUACUGGAUAACCUGAAAGAUUAUGCUGUACGAGCCCUUGUGAAUGCUGUUGAUCACCUUGGCACUGUGGCUUUCAAGUUGACUGACCUUCUUGAGCAGCAAUCGUCUGAUAUCUCUACCAUGGAGCUAAAAUUUUCUUGUUUGAACCAGCAACUUCUUACAUGUCAAACCUACACAAACAAGGAAGGUCUUCGGCAGCAGCAGUUAUUAGCCUUCAUCCCAAGACACCAUGAGCACUACAUUUUGCCAAAUUCUGUAAACAAGAAGGUACAUUUUAGUCCACGUAUACAGACUGAUGCUAGACAAAGUCAUUUUCAAACACGUCUUCAGCCUUCAGGUAUCGCUGCUUCAAAAACUCUUUCCUGGCAUUUAGCCUCUGAAACUAAAUCUAGCUUGAAGAGGACUCAAAAUGCUACGGCAAGCCCUAAAGACCCGAAAGAUUCUGGAGUUUUCCAUCUUUUGGGUGAUGAACAGAAUAUACGGACAAAGUCCUCUGCUAUCUCUGCUCAAGUAUCAGGUGGAGGUCCUGCAUCUAGUGCAGCUGUCGGUGUUGCACGAAGGGAUACAUCAGAGGGUACCAAAGCUUUAACAGCGUUUAGGUCGUUUGACAACUCAAGGCGUGACAUUGUACGUGCUCCUGCUCGCAGCAAAAGUAUGCUAUCAGCUUUCUUUGUUAAACAGAAAACAGCAAAGCUGAAGGCCGGUUAUGUCUCAUGAAUCCUUAAUUGAGGGCAAGACCAAGAUGACACUUAGUGGAGCUGCCAUUAAUCAUCUCCUAUGCUUGUUGAUAAUGAAUUGCUUGUAAUCAUAGUUUCUUCUACUCCAACAUUUCUCUCUUGGUGGCUUAAUAAUUGAGCAAAUUGUGUAUAAACUCUCAUAAUGAAAGAUGAUUAAGAUGACUGCUCGCAUAAUUGUGACCCUGGUAAAUGAUUUGUUGAAAUUUAGUUGUGCAGUUUACUUAACUUUUAUCAUUGUCAUGACAUGUACAUUUGAGAAUGAAAUAGGUUAUGUUGAUUAUGCUUAAUGAUAAUACUG